GCUCAUCGCUCUCAAUGCCCGAAUCUCAAAGUACGUCGGCAACCAUCAAUACAGACAAGCACUAGACCUCUUCACGCGAAUCCAUGCGUCUCUCGACUUGUCCCCGGAUCACUUCUCCCUCUCUACCGCGCUCACUGCCUGCGCGCGCUUGCGCGCCCAACUGCGCCGGCGCGCAGCUUCACUCUUACGCCCUCCGUUCUGGCUUCCUCCUCUCCCAUAUCUCUGUCGCUAACUCCCUUCUCUCCUUCUACUCUAAGUCCCAUGGCCCUGCCACCGCCCUGCGUAUCUUCAACUCCAUUCCCUCCCCCGAUUCCUACGCUUGCACCACCCUCUUGUCCGCCUACGUGAAAAGUGGCCAUCUUUCGCAAGCCCUCCAACUGUUUGAUGAAAUGCCUCAGAGAAACACACCCGUUUGGAAUGCGAUGAUUACCGGGUUUAUAGACAUUGGCCAUCAAGACAUCGGUUUAGAGCUUUUCUCUGUCAUGCUUCAGUUGGGUGUCUGUCUGGAUAAGUACUCGUUUGUGAGUGUGAUGACACUCUGUGACUCGGCAGAAUGUUUGGGACUUGCGAGGCAAUUGCAUUCAAUGGUUGUGAAAACUGGAGUUGUUGUGUGCAUGGUUUCGGUUGUCAAUGCUCUUGUAACAAUGUAUUUUGAGUGCGACUUGGCUGAAGAGGCUCUUGCUGUGUUUGGAGAAGCUGCAAUUCGAGAUGAGAUAAGUUAUAAUGCCGUCAUUGCUGGGUUGGUGAAGUGGGGAAGAGAUGAGGAGGCUUUGUUGGCGUUUAAGGAGAUGAUAAAAGAAGGUUGUUUUUUGCCAACAGGGAUGACCAUUGUGAGUGUUCUGAGUGCUUGUCUGACUAAGAAAGUAGGGAUGCAAGUGCAUGCUCUAGCAAUUAGAACAGGCCUUGACGCUUCUCUAUUGGUGGGUAAUGCUUUUGUGGGGAUGUAUUCGGAUUGUGGGGAUAUAGUCAGUGCUCAACAAGCUUUUGGUAUGAUCUGUGACAAGGAUUCUGUUUCAUGGAAUUCUAUUAUUUCAGCAUAUUGUCAACAGGAUUGCCAUGAGACGGCAAUCGAGCUCUAUGAUCAGAUGCUCAGGGAUGGAUGUGAACCUGAUGAAUUUACUUUUGGAAGUCUUUUAGCAUGUGCCACUGCUUUGGAGUAUGUUAUGAUGAUUCAAGCUGUAGUUUUUAAGCAAGGAUUGAGUUGGAGCAUUGAAAUUUCUAAUUCUAUGAUUUCAGCAUAUUCAAAGUGCGGAGAUAUUGACAGCAGUUAUCAGGUGUUCAGUAACAUACUGUUUGGUAAUCUUGUGUCUUGGAAUUCAAUUAUUGCAGGAUUUCUGUUGAAUGGUUUUCCAAAGAAGGCCAUUGAAUUAUUCUCUACCAUGUUGAAGCUUGGACUAAAGCCGAAUACAUGUACUUUGAGCACCAUGCUAAGCACUUUUGCAAGCAUUUCGGCAAUCAGAUAUGGAAAAGAGCUUCACGGUUACAUUAUAAAGUCUACUACUGAUUGUUCCACAUCUUUACAUAACACUCUCAUAACAAUGUAUGCUAAAUGUGGGGACUUGAAUUCUUCGGAAAAAGUUUUCUACAAAAUGUCACAAAAAGAUGUAGUUUCAUGGAAUUCAACCAUUGCUGCUUAUGCACAAAACGGAAAUGGAUACAAAGCAAUUCAACACUUCAAAGCAAUGCAGACAGCUAAUGUAUUACCUGACAAAGUUACUUUCACUAUUGUUCUUUCUGCUUGCAGUCAUGCUGGUUUAGUUGAUGAAGGCCAUUUAUUAUUCACUUCCAUGUCUGAAAACUAUGGAUUAGAACCUGGAUUAGAUCAUUUUUCAUGUAUUAUAGAUCUCUUAGGCAGAGCAGGUCAUUUAGAUGAAGCUGAAAAAAUACUGAACAACAUGCCAUGUGGAGUUGAUGUUCAAAUCUGGUGGUCAUUGCUGAGUGCUUGCAGCACUCAUGGCAAUGCAAGAUUAGGUAGAAUUGCUGCAAAUUCUAUCCUGGAGUUACAACCAGAUAAUGCUGCAGUUUAUGUUCUCUUAUCUAAUCUUAAUGCAGUUGCUGGAAAAUGGGAAGAAGCUUUAAAUGUCAGGGAAGAUAUGAGAAAGAAUGGAGUGAUAAAAAAACCUGGUUUUAGCUGGAUUUAGUCACUGAGCUGAAAUUCUUUUGUAUGCAAUUUAUGUGACUUUGUAUUGAAAUUUAUAUGGAGUAAUUGAUAUAUAAACUUUUGCUACU